CACUUCACUGACAGAAGAAAUUCACAAAGCAAACAAGUUCUGUGUUAUUUCUCUAUUUGUGUUUCUUUUGAAUAAGUAAUAAAUGGUCACGUUUUAAUACACCAUUGGAGAAAUUAACAUAUUUGAGAAAUAUUACAGUUGUCAAUCAUGGCUGAUUCGGGUGUGGAUACCAGCAAUGAAAGUAGCGACAACCCAAUUUUCGACCAUUCGCAGUGUGUGCUCGAAUUUAAAUUUAAACCUCGAGCAAUACCCAUUAAUCUCGCUGGGCAGCCCAUGCCCGUGGAGUUCUUAAGUGAACCCAAUCCACACGAUCACAUCGGUAAAAUCAAGUGUUCUACGAAAGGAAGACACUGCAGGCUCAAGUAUCGUUACGGUGGGACAAUCUGCUCGUCUAGAAAUCAGAAACUCCGUUUCGCUGCCUCCACAAACAACACAGAGCUCGUAGAGAAGUUGUUGCUGUUAGGGGCUGACCCUAAUUCGUCAGAUGAGUUCAAAAGGAGCCCACUGCAUCUGUCGUCGUGCCGCGGCUACGUGGACGUGGUAAGAACGUUGUUAAAACACGGCGCUAACCCGAAUAUCAAGGACACACUGGGCAACACGCCUCUCCAUCUCGCAGUUUGUAUGAAUCAUGUGAAAGUAGUGAUAGAAUUGCUGGAUGCAGGCACCGAUGUGAGCUCACAUGAUAAUAAUGGGCGCAACCCUAUCCAGCUUGCCCAGAGCAAGCUUAAGCUGAUCCAGAUGCGUCCCAGUGUCGCAGGACACUUUGAGGAAACCAGGCAAUUGAUUGCUGACAUCUGCUUGGUGGUAGAAAUGAUGUUAAAGUUCAUGAGGAUGCAGAAAGCUGAUCCCGGCGAGCUGGAGUCUGUGCGGGAAAGACUUGAGCGUGUCAGCACUCGGGAACAAGUCGACUGCGAAGUCCAGAAUCUACUUGACAGUCUAGACUCACUAAAGCUCAGAUAAAAUUACUUCAGAGAAUAAUAAUGAAGACUGCUUACAUAUUAAUGGUAACAACUGCCUAAAAUGAGCUCACAAUUUUACAGUAGAAUGUGAAUAAUGAAUCUAAUGAUGUUCAAUAAUUUAUUGACAAGUGUAUGAGGUCCAAUUGUAACAAACUUACAUAAACUGUAUUGAAUUUUUUUGAUCUCACACUUAUUUUACUAUCUCAUCUCACCAUUGCUAAAAGUCUGAAUGCUUGGACAUGCAUUUGCAUUUUAAGUUGGUUAAUUUUGUUUUGAUUUCAUGGGUCACACACACAGAUAUCUUAACACUUUCAGUGCCAAGAGCCCCAAUUUCAAUACAAAAUGAACCUAUCGGGUUCUUGGCACUGAAAGUGUUAAAGACACAUUCGAAGAUAUUUUAAGAUCCAGUAUGUUUGCUAAAAUACUUGGUGUUAAGAUAUUUUAAUAAUGUAAUAGGAUAGUGAUAUUUACACUUUACCAUCCAUUACAUGGUGAAAUUACACAUCAGUUGUAACAUGCUGUCAUUGAGGUUGGUAUCCAGCAUUUUAUUGCCUACUACAUUUUACAUGUAUAUAUAUAUUGCCUUUGUUUCCAUAAAUUUUACAUUUUACAUUACAAAUCACUUAAGAUUAGUUUUAAUUAUUUGUGGUCCCUGUUAGGGGAAAAGUCUCCUCCAAGCUUUGCAAUGUUACUCUAUUUUUAAGCAGUAUCCAUCCAGUCCCUUCCCGCUGCCUCCACAAUGUCGUCAGCCCAAGGUUCUUUAUCAGGAAUCCCACUCCAUUUUACAUGUAGCUAUACAAUAUCUGAGGCAAUUUUCACUAAGAGUAGAGUUUUAGUUCCAUCAGCUUUGGGAGCAUCCCAAUAACACAAUGGCGUUUCAUUGUAAAAACUUCACAGAAUGGUCAUAGAUAAGUUAAGCAUAACUUACUUGGUAGAGAAAUUAUUUACUUACUGUUAGGCCUUACUUUUGUAAGUCUUACUACUGUAGAUUCCAACUCCAACUUGUUACAAUGAGAGAUGAAUAAUGUCCUAAAAUUUCCGUUAAAAUUAAAUUAAAUCUGUUGGGCAAACAGUAGUAGAUCUUUGGCUUAUUUUUCUUUAAAACAUGCAAAAUUCGAUACUUUGUCUAACAAUAGGUGAAAAUCUACAGUUUUCCUUACUUAAGGAAAACUAGAUAUAGUAUAAAAAAAUGUAUUCUGAAAUAAGGCUAUGAAUAAAUAAAAGGUGGAAAUCUAAUAAAUAACAUGGUGCAUGGACAUUGGACAGUCAACCACUGAGGGCCUAGAAUGAACAUCGAAAAUCUAAAUUUCGUUAUUUGCCUCUCUCUUGCAUAUUUAAACAUAUAGAGACAUAAUAAUAUUUAUAUUUUCAAUGUGCUCAGUACACCUUCUGGUCCCUACUUUAGUAAAACUUACAAGUGUAAGUCUGACCUUAGGAUAACAAAUAUAUGUAUAUCUUUAAGUAAUUAAGUUUUAAGAAAUGCUACAAAUUGAGGGGAAGAUGGCUAUUUAUAAGUAUGAUUACUUACUUUUUAUUUGUACACUAGAGUAUAGUCAAUUUUCGGAUGAAUUUAAAUAACAUUGAAGUGGGUGUCCUUUUAUAUUUUAGUUAUUUUAAUCAUAAAUAAAAUUUGUUAAUAGAUAAAUACAUUGUAAUAAUAAAGUUUUUGAAUUUAUUGAAUUGAAAA